CAGCCCGGCUCGCUGGUCCCGCUGAGCACCCCGGAGGAGGAGGAUGCUCCUGCUUCAGCUGCUCUGCUUGCUGCCCCGCGAAGCCCUGAGCCAGCCGCCGAAUGCCUCGCCGGAGUGGAAGGUGGCGGUGCUGAGCCUCGGGCUGCAGGGACGACCUCUCAGGGAAGUCAGCUCGGCUUUCCUGUCUCUCACCCUGGAUGCCAGCCUGGCUCAAGACCCAAGAUACGUCACCUUCUUGAGCAACCCCAAACUGCGCACCCUCGCGAGGGCCUUGUCCCCAGGCUUCUUGAGAUUUGGCGGCACCAAAACGGAUUUUCUGAUUUUCAAUCCCAACCAGGAUUCAACUUCAGAAGAGAAAAUCAUUUGGGAACUUGAGGCGAAGCAAGAGGCUUGCGGAUUAAGAUCCGGGUUUUCUGCUGUUGAGAAGCUACUACUUGCCCAGUGGCCCGUGCAGGAGAGGUUAAUACUUAACGAACAGUACCGGAAAGAGCACAAAAACACCACCAUCACAAGAAAUACAGUGGACAUCCUGUACAGCUUUGCAAAUUGUUCACGCUUUCAGCUGAUCUUUGGGCUCAAUGCCUUGCUGCGGAAAAACGGCCUGCAGUGGGACAGUUCGAACGCCCAGCUGCUGCUGGACUACUGCGCCUCGCGGCGGUACAACAUGUCCUGGGAGCUGGGGAACGAGCCAAACAGUUUCUGGAAGAAGUCUGGCAUUUACGUUGACGGCUUCCAGCUCGGACAGGACUUCAUUCACUUACGUCACCUGCUGAAUAAUUAUACCCUCUACCGGCGGUCCAGACUGUACGGCCCUGACGUGGGGCGGCCGCGGAAGCGCACGCAGAAGCUGCUGCGGAGCUUCCUGAAAUCGGGAGGGAAGGCGAUUGAUUCUGUCACCUGGCAUCAUUACUACGUAAACGGACGAAGCGCCACGAGGGAGGAUUUCCUGAGCCCCGAAGUGCUGGAUACCUUUGCCACAGCUAUCCGUGAUGUCCUGGAGAUUGUCGAUGGAACCGUGCCAGGCAAAAAGGUUUGGUUAGGAGAAACCAGCUCAGCGUAUGGAGGUGGAGCUCCCAGACUGUCCAAUACCUAUGUCGCUGGCUUUAUGUGGCUGGACAAACUUGGACUUUCAGCCAGGCAGGGAAUUGACGUGGUGAUGAGACAGGUGUUCUUUGGAGCAGGAACCUAUCAUCUGGUGGAUGCAAAUUUUGAGCCUUUGCCAGACUAUUGGCUUUCACUGUUAUACAAGAACCUGGUUGGCACCAAGGUGCUGCACGUUAGCCUAAAGGGAGCCGACCCAACGAAGCUCCGCGUGUACCUUCAUUGCACAAACACCCACCACCCGAAGUACAGAGAAGGGGAUGUUACGUUGUUUGCUUUAAAUCUCUACAACGCUACCAGAUACUUGCAGCUGCCUGGUUACUUAUCUAGCAAGCACGUAGAUGAAUACCUUCUACUACCUCAUGGGAAAGAGAACAUACUUUCCAGGUCUAUUCAGUUGAACGGCCGUGUCCUAAGGAUGGUGGAUGACAAAACGCUGCCAGCACUUAAUGAAAAACCCCUCGGUCCAGGGAGCGCGCUCGGCCUUCCAGCUUUUUCUUAUGGGUUUUAUGUCAUCAAAAACGCCAAAGCUGUGGCUUGCAUCUAAACGUUGACCACGCGCCUGCGGGAUAACUGCAGUCGUGGCUGGCGGGGGGUUAAGUCUGGUACUAGAAAUUCACAUUUCUGUAGUGAGAUGCAAGGCUGGCAAUCGAUUCAAAUCUGCUGGGGAGGCUGGUGUGGUGUGUGGGGCAGACAUGAGGGCAUACUGUACAGUCGGUAUGUGAAACGCACGCUUGCUGAGCUUCGCGAGCAAACUGCCAAGUCGAGAAGCCCCAGGUGGAGGGCUUUUAUCCCUUGUGUGGCCUGCAUCAGUACAUUUGAUGGCAAGACCCUUCUCUAGCCCUUAUGUUAAACUGCAUAUACUUUUCUACACCGCGUUUUCAGGUCUGCCGGCCAGAAACGUCACCGUUCUCUUAUUUCCUAGUUUAUAUAAGCACAGUUUUCAGAGCAGUUGACCUAAAAACUUUUCUUCAGAAAAGAGUAGGACAUGCUUUUACACACACCCAUAUACAUAGACAGAGCUGUGGUUUUGCUUGCACUGUGCGCGAGAUAUACGCAACAGCUUGGGAGUUUCGUAGCUGUGAACUGUGGGUCCACAGCUGGGGACCUCUUUGAUCUCAGGGCUGCUCACAACUCGGCUUCUCUCCUCCCCUUUAAAAGGGUGCUACCAGCUAAACGGAGUUCCAGUGUGUGCUGCGGGGGGAGAGGUUGCUUUUUUUUUUUAAAUAAAAAGCCUUUAAAAACACAAAAUUGAUAGAUAGGCUUAUGAAGCUGUGAUCAGAAAUUGCCACAAUAUAUAGGUUACGUUUAGCUUCAAAUGUGUCAAAGGUAGAUUUGCCUCUCCAGCGUAGGAGCGUUGUGCAAAGGCUUAUAUACCAGGAAGUGAUGUAGACCAAAAAGGAAAAUCAGGCAGGCUACGUGUGUUUACAUUGUCCAAGUUCAACAGGAGAAGUAAAUGGACUGCGUAAGCUGAUAGGGAAAAAAAAUCUUCGAUCUGUCAAUAUGAAGUGUUACAGCUUAGACAUAAAAUUUAUUCUUUGCCUGGUAGCAUCUUUUUAGAACUUCCUGAGUUUUGUUUAUUUUAACACUUGUAUGUGACUUUUAUAUUUGAGUAUUUUUA